UCACAGAUAUAAAAGUGUGUCAGUACUUUGGAAAUUAGUUGUGCCCCGAGUUAUUGAGGAUAAUCAAGAUGUUGAGACUCACCAUUUUACUGAUUCUGCCGUUUCUUUGCUCCUGCUUCAUCUUCAAAAGGGAUCAAGCAGACUGGAACGGCCUAAAAGUGACGUGGGGUUUAAACCCAUUCAGUGCUUUCAACAGCGUACCAAGAACUCGUGCAGAAGCUCUGUCAGACGGGUGGGCGUCACUGAGUCCAGGUACUGGAUGCAAUGAUAACCCAAAGUUUAAAGGAGAACGUUAUAUCAAGGACCGUGACAUGGGAGUGAUUCUAAUAUUCGAUGCUAACGGUUAUAUCGCUGGAAUCCAAAUUGGAUUCCCGGAGAGUUUCAGUCCAAAUCCUCACAAUUAUCCAUUUCCUCCACUAAAGAAUAGAGCGGUUAUUCUAGAUAAUGGCAACUACUAUGUCACAGCUUACUUUGUUGACCCAGCGACUAUUUGUCAAGGCCGAACUGCUGACCAAUUUAAACAGCAAGGAACUGGAACUGGUUUGUGGAUACAAAACGGCACGGACCCUGUAGCUCAUUCUAUUACCAUUCCCAAAACUAAAGCUGGCGCUGACAAAAGCAUGUGGACCGAAGGCGCAUGCUUUUAUACCAUGGGUCUCCAUUACUGGUAUAACCUCUCGAAGGACAUGUCGUGUGACAACCUCUACCCCGUGUUUCUCCUUUACAAUGGUGGAGUGCUGAACGGCUUUGGAUGGGCUAUUGGGAUGGACUUGAAAAGUUAUUCAACCCGUAUUGAGCAUCCGCCACAAUCUUCCUAUGGGAAUUUCAUGAAACCGCCACCAGACUGUCUGAGUAACCUGGGAACAAUGACAACUUUACAUAUAUACCUGACAGACAGUGCAACCGCAGACACGUGCUAGCUCUGAUAUUUAGUAUUGGCGGGAAACCAAGUUGCUGGAAUCCAGUUCCCAAUUUGAACAGACAAAAACAUUGAAAUGUUGUGUUUAUCUAUCUAUCUUUGUGUCUGUUUAUUUACACAGACUCACACCUUUCGAGGGGAAUAUGGGCAUGAGAAUUGGUGUAAUAACAUUUUUAUAAAAGUUUUUCUAACGCAAAAUAAAAGAAAGCAUGAUAAGUUUUUGAAGCAGGACGUAUACGAUAAAAUUAUGGUUAUAUCUUUUGUUAUUUUGUAAAUGGCCUGCUUACAAAUUAUUCACUCGAACAUUCAAAAUAUCUUGGCACUCGAAUAGACAUAAAUAAAAUAAAUAAAGUUA